GGGAUUCGAUUAAUAGGGACAAAUCCGUGCAAUUCAUAUCGAUAUGCUUGCCUUAGCCAUCGCUGGGAUGACACACUCCAGUACCACUGGACAACGAAAGAUAACCUCUCCAACUACCUAGAUUUUCUAUGUAUUGAACGGCUCCCUACAAACUUCCGCGACGCAAUAUUCAUCUGCUGUAAAUUAAACAUACAGUAUUUAUGGAUAGAUUCGCUUUGCAUCAUUCAGAGAGGUGAUGGUGGUGUAGACUUGGACCAGGAACUAGGGCAAAUGGGAUCUAUAUAUCGAAAUGCAUGGCUCACUAUCGCCGAACUCAUCCGAAGGUUGCUUUAUAAAAGACAGGUGGUCUGAUAAAUGCUUUUCAGUUUCCAAUGCUGCCAAAGAAGUUUAUCAGAUUGGCGCUCGUGUUCUCGACAGGAAAGGAAGACUUGAGGGCAUCGAGGAUAUCAACAAUCGCUACCCAUUAUUAACUCGCGGCUGGGUAUUCCAAGAAUAUUAUCUAUCACCACGCCUCCUCCAAUGCAAUUAUGGAGAAUUCACUUUCAAAUGUUUCGAAACUUCAUGUUGUGAAUGUAACUCACGUUUCGCACCGCAUCCAGCUAGACCGUUCAAAUGGCUUGGGGGUGGCGACUUGACAGGCGGAAUAGGGAACCUGCAGCAAUUCACCGAUCUACCUUUCGGUUGGGUGAAUGUUAUUCGCACCUAUAUGAGCUUGAGGCUGACGAAGUCGUUCGACGUAUUACCCGCUAUUGCAGGCUAUGCGCAAGUCCUAGUGCCUAGCGUUAAAUCCGAAUACGUCGCCGGUUUAUGGAAGGAUAAGCUACAUACCGAAUUGUUGUGGCAUGUUGAUACUCCUAAUAAGUAUCUUAAACCACGACCGCAAGACACGACAGCUCCAACGUGGUCUUGGGCGUCCGUGGCCAUGGAACAGCGGAUUACCUAUUCCAAGAUCCAUAAAUUGAAAUACAAUCAUUACGACUAUCCCCUCACCAAAGCAAUCAAAGAUGUAUAUUGGGAAGCGGAAUCACCAUCUAACCCGUUCGGCAAGCUGAAGUAUGCAUAUCUGAAACUGCAUUCGAAGUUGUAUCAGUGGUACCUUCGAUUAUCAUGCCCAGGUGCCAGUUCAAGAGGAUAUACAUUUCGAUGGGACUUGCACAUUAACCGGGGAGGUAAACUAAUAAGCUGUCCAAUGGAUGUGAAACCGCUCCCAGUAAACGGCGUAGACUUUGACCUUCGUCUUGAUGGGAAGAUGAAUAUUAGAAAAGAAACGGAAGAGCAUGGCUUUGUUAAUUGCCAUGAAGCGGCGUCUGAAUGCCGUUGCAAGUAUUUACAGAUCUACCUCCUGCAUGCAAGGCGGGUUGAUGGCAGCGACAAAACUGCAGACUUACUACUGAUUCUUAAGAAAGUUGCACCUGUUGGUGUCGGCGGGGAGCCUAAUUGCUAUGAGCGCUUCGGUAUGUUGAAAGUCGAAAACGAAGAUGCUAGCCUACCCUCCUGGGAUAAUAUGGUUGAUGGUGUGAUAAAAUCGCACGAGGAAGAAUUUUGGUUAUUUUGAAAAUUUAGUUACUAUAUACCCUAUUCUAUUCCAUUGAAUAUAACCAAUUGAUUUUUUAUAAUUUCAUUCACCGCAUGAAACGUGCGUAGUUUUUGAUAUUAUUGAUGACGCUGUCGCUGCCACCUCCACAAUAACGAAACCCCACCACGCACCUAAUAUAAGUACGGCGAUCCGGAGCAAGAGCGAGGAAGGUGCUGCGCCGCUGGGCAUCCGAAUCCCGAACCCUGUA